AUGUCCUUGAGCAAUGCUGCGGUCUCGCUGGACUGUUCCGACAACAUUUCCAUCGCAACUACUUCAACUACUACGUCGACACCCAUCGAGAAAGAGGAGGGUCCUGUCGUGGUACCUCCAAAGUCACCAUCGCUAUCACCAUCACUACCACCAUCACUACCACCAUCACCAUUAUUAUCACAACCAGAAGAAAAACAACAAGCUAUUCUCGACUCAGAAAACCCCCUUUCUUCUCCAGAACACCCUGAUAAGCAACCAGAGGAAACAGAACAAGAACAAGAAUAUAACAAGGAGCAGAAAGGAAAACAAGCAGAACAAGCAGACCAAGCAGAACAACAUCAAACUGAUUCAACUAAAUCCUCAAGCGCUACUGAGUCUCCCCUUGAGGCAUUCAAACCCAAAGAACAAGUCAUAAGCUUCGACUUCCAGGAUUCCCCACUCCUUGCGGAUGACGAGGUGGAUGAUGAUGAGGGCGAGUAUAAUCUGUCAGGGAAAGCCUUGGAGGGGGAAAUGGUACAACUGUCUAAAAUUCGUGGACGGGAGCGAGAACCACUGCCGGGCGCCAAACGCGUUUUGAAGAGAGUACGUGUACGGAAAGACACGUCAUCAUCCAAGCGGCGAACGAAGAAACACAAUCUCCGCGCAACGAUGAAUUCAGCCGUCAUUGCAGAGAAGUUAGCGGCGGAAAGGGGUGAACGGAGUGGAGGAAAGGAGAUAAGGAAGGAGAAGAAGAAGGAACGGUUGGCGGCUGUGGUGGAAUGGAAGCCGAUUGUUGAACCGGUCUCGAAGCCGCGAGCACGGCCUAGCGGACUGAGGUUCAGCGAGAAUUGUUAUUCUGACCAGGAGGAUGAUGAGGGGCAAGGGUCAGAGCCAACUGGGCACAAGAGAAAGAGGGAGGAUCAGGAUUUGGGCGACGAGGACGACGACGAGUCUCUGGGUGGAUCUGCAGACAAAUAUGAAGUCCCAGAAAAACGACAACACCAAAGUCAUCCUGAAUCUAGUACUGAGACGGGUACUUUGCCGAAUCCACCAUGUGUCACUACUACUUGA